UCGCUAAUCUUCGGGCUGCGUGGGUGCAGUAUGCAUCGCUCCCCCUUCCCCACGUCGUAAUUUGGCGAAUUAUGUCUUUAAACCUUUAGCUAAAGGAAAAGUUAUCAUGUAUUGGAAGACAAAGCUUGUACUACUGAGCUUUGUGAUAUGUGUUAUAACUUGCUAUGACACAUAUAGCAAUGAUGAAGAGGACGUGAAUUAUUACCUUGGUCGUCUGUAUGAAGAAUCAGAUGAUGGAAUCGACCCUCAUGAUAUGCUGUCUGGCCCAGGCCAGAGGAGGGUCCCUGGCAAAAGGAAAGAAAUGCCAUUCUCUGGCCGUUGGACAGCAGAUCGUGAUGGUAAAGACACUGAGUCAUGUAGUUUUGACAAAGAUGCAUUGUCAAAAGAGCAAACAAAAUUUGCCCAAUGCCAAGAGGAAAAGGAAAAGCUAAAACAGUCAGUUGAGUCACAUGAUCUCACAGUCUGCUACCUCAAAUGCACUCAUAUUGGUUGCUGGGAACAAGCCAUCAAUAGCUUGAUAACUGCCUUGCCUUCACUGUCACAAAAGUUGGGCUGGACAUUUGACCCAUGGUAUUUCAUCAUUAGGGAACAAAUGCCAAUGGGGUAUAUAGCCACAUCCACUCUUUGCUUUCAACUACAAAGGUCUCUCAUAAUGAGCUUCCAGGCAGGGCCUCAAUCCAUCUCUAGCUCUUCAUUAUAG